UAUGAUGCCAAUGUCAAGUGUUAUGUUAUGUCAUCUUCCCUUACACCCUUUUCAAACCUCAAAUCCUUUCUCUCUUUUAACUCUUUCUCGCCACCGCCUCACCCCUCAACAACAUGACCGAUAAUGAAGAACCAAUGAUCUCAGCUGGAACAAUUUCUGAAAUAGCAUUUAAUAAAUAUAAGCGUUGGCAAUGGUGGUUUCUAGUGUCACUCUGCAUAGCCUUUCUUAUUGUGGGUCAAUCUGCUGCUGUUAUACUUGGAAGAUUUUACUAUGAUCAGGGUGGAAAUAGUAAAUGGAUGGCUACUCUAGUUCAAACUGCUGCUUUCCCAGUCUUGUUCAUUCCAUUAUUUACAAUUCCUUCACCUCAAGAGGCUUCAACUUCUGUUUCAGCUUCUAUCACUGUUCUUGCUUUGAUAUAUUUUGUUCUGGGAAUCAUACUUGCUGCUGAUAAUAUGAUGUACUCCACUGGACUCUUGUACCUCUCAGCAUCUACCUAUUCGUUGAUUUGUGCAUCACAGUUAGCUUUCAAUGCAGUUUUCUCAUAUUUUAUCAAUGCUCAAAAGUUCACUGUGUUGAUUAUAAACUCUACAGUGGUUCUCACUUUAUCUUCUGCACUCCUUGCUGUUAAUGAUGACUCAGAUGAACCAUCUGGUGUCUCCAAGGGAAAGUACAUUAUUGGUUUUCUUUGUACCCUUGGAGCUUCUGCAGUGUACUCUCUUCUGCUUUCCCUCAUGCAACUGUCCUUUGAGAAGGUUCUGAAGAAGGAAACAUUUUCUGUAGUUUUGGAAAUGCAAAUCUACACAUCACUUGUCGCCACUUGUGUUGCCGUCAUAGGCUUAUUUGCGAGUGGGGAAUGGAAUACUCUGCAUGGAGAGAUGGAGGGUUUUCAGAAAGGAAAAGUUGCUUAUAUAAUGACUUUGGUUUGGACGGCAAUAGCAUGGCAGGUAUGCUCCGUUGGUGUUGUUGGCUUGAUCUUCCUAGUGUCUUCUCUCUACUCCAAUGUUAUAAGCACUGUCUCUUUAGCUGUAACUCCUAUUGCUUCUGUUAUAGUUUUUCAUGAUAAGAUGAAUGGGGUGAAGAUAAUUUCUAUGCUUUUGGCUAUAUGGGGUUUUGCCUCUUAUAUCUAUCAGAAUUAUCUUGAUGACUCAAAGGCAAGGCAUGCACAAGCUGUUGCUAAGUCUCAAAAUGAUUCUUCAUGUUGAGAAUAUUCAGUUUGGCCAUUUCUUUGGUGAAGUGCCAUUUUUCUUUUCAGUUUUGGAUUCUUCAGUAUAGCAUACACUAGCUUUAGAUAUUUCUCCUUCAGUCUCACGGAACUAGUGAGAUAGUAUAGUUACGAGGUUAUUGUCAAUUCUGGAUUGUUGUUCUCUCAUUUACUAAAAAUGAAAAGGUUAUUGUGUCUGAUAGUGGUCUGAAUUGGAAGUCUCUCUCUGCUCUUUUGAUUACACAUUAUUUCAGUGGCUUUUGUGAAUUGUGACAAGUUGAAUAAUAUCUGUAUGAUUGGUGGAAGUCUUGAGAUUUUAUUAUAAUGUCAAAUUCAAGCUUGAAUUGCUAAA